CGCCGCCGCCGCCACCGUCGAAACUAGCCAUGGUGUCCAUGGCGGUCGUCGUGCGCGUUGUUGUGGCGCGGAGCGACGAAGAAGGCGCGAGUAAUAGCGAGGACGAAAGGUGGUGGUGAGAAGGUAGAGAGGAAGGAGGAGAUUUUCGCGCGCGCGGCCGAGUUAGGCUUCUCCCGGAUCCGGCGCGUCCGGUGGCCCUUUUACUCCUUGUCGUUGUCAUCGUAGUUCGCGCUUCUAUCGAAGUUUUGUUGUCACGGAGAGCAGCGCGCAGUGCACGCGUAGAAUCGCAGAGAUAACGAUAACGACGACAAGAAGGAAUACAAGGACGACGACGACAACGACGAAGACGUCGACGACGACGACGACGACGACGACGACGACGAUGACCGCUGAGAUACGCUCGCGUGGGGCGUGGUGGUGGUGGUGGUGGUGGUGCUGAGAGAGAGAGCGUGUGCGGUUAUAAACCCGCGACGGCGGUCUCCCCGCAGACGCGAAGCGCCCUGUGUAACACCGGGUGACCACUCACGGGACACACAAGGGAUAAGGUGAUGUAAAAAAGAAUAUCUAAGGAUCUACAAAUCUAAAACACUUGUUGGGCCAUUGCAAUAUAUAUAUAUAUAUAAAACAAACAAAAACAAAAACAAAAAAAAGCCAAGAAAAAAAAAAAAAAGUCAAAACGGGUGACCAAGAAAAAAAGAUGGUUUCUCUGCCAAAUGCAGAGUCUGGCACGAUGGACAGAAUUUCUGAUGACGAUGACGAGGAACCAAGUAGUGGGUCUGAAACAUAUGAAGAGGGUGAUCUUCUUACAGCGGCUAUGGACGAUGAUGUGACAGCCCAACUAGCAGCAGCAGGUUGGCAUAUCAAAAACGCUAAUGGACCUGUUGGAGUAGCAGCAGCUGCUGCUAUAGUUUCAGCAAAAAAAAGAAAACGACCUCAUAGCUUUGAGACUAAUCCCAGUACAAGAAAAAGACAACAGAACAGACUUUUACGAAAACUUAGACAAACAAUAGAUGAAUUUGCAACGCGUGUCGGGCAACAAGCAGUAGUAUUAGUAGCUACUCCAGGCAAGCCAAAUAGUAGCUACAAAGUUUUUGGAGCUAAGCCAUUAGAGGAUGUAGUUAAAAAUUUAAGAAAUGUUAUAAUGGAGGAACUUGAAAGUGCGUUAGCACAACAAGCUCCACCUCCUGUACAGGAUGAUCCAUCUUUAUAUGAAUUACCACCGCUUAUAAUAGAUGGAAUUCCAACGCCUGUAGAAAAGAUGACCCAAGCUCAAUUAAGAGCAUUCAUACCAUUAAUGUUAAAGUAUUCUACAGGUAGAGGUAAACCUGGUUGGGGAAGGGAUAGUACGCGACCUCCUUGGUGGCCAAAAGAGUUACCUUGGGCAAAUGUUCGUAUGGAUGCACGUUCCGAGGAUGAUAAACAAAAAAUCUCUUGGACACAUGCUUUAAGACAAAUAGUAAUAAAUUGCUAUAAAUUUCAUGGAAGAGAAGAUCUUCUGCCAGCGUUUAGUGAAGAAGAUGAUAAAUCAACUGUAUUAUUACAACAGUCAACUCCUCAUUCCUCGUCACAUCCUUCGCAUUCGUCUAAUCAAAGUCAAAGUGGACAGUCGCAACAACAACAACAACAGACGGUGGGAGUUGUUCGUCUGACCAGCACGGAUUCAUCUAAGGGAAACUCUUCGCCAGCACAAAUCAUUGCCGCAUCUCCCACAGCUCUUGCCACUGCCACUCAGAUGACGACACAAUAUCCAACAGCAGUGUUGCAGACAAUAACGAAUCCUGAUGGUACAGUGUCCAUAAUCCAAGUAGACCCAAGUAAUCCUAUCAUAACGUUACCAGAUGGUACAACAGCUCAAGUUCAAGGCGUAGCUACUAUCCACACAAGUCAAGGAGAAGUUCAAGCACUCGCAGAAGUGGCAGGUAGUGCAGAGGGUGCCAGCGUUGCUGUUGAUCUAAAUAGUGUUACCGAGGCAACGUUAGGUCAAGAUGGACAAAUCAUCCUUACGGGAGAAGAUGGACACGGAUAUCCAGUAUCUGUGUCAGGAGUUAUCACUGUACCAGUGUCAGCAAGUAUGUAUCAAACUAUGGUGGCCAAUAUUCAAAGUGAUGGUACUAUGCAAGUAGUAACACCGAUGGUCCAAGUACCUAAAGUUGAACCUGGAAAUGGGGAGACCAGUAUUGAAGCAGUUACUAUUCAAGGUCAUCCAAUGACGAUGAUCAAUGCAGCAGGAGAACAUCAAGUUCUACAAGUGAUAUCGUUAAAAGACGCUAAUGUUCUUACCAAAGCUAUGCAAGCGGAAGUAGUGAAAGACGAGGAUAGUCAACAACAACAAACCGUAUCUAGUCCGGAAUAAAAAAAAACAACAUUUGUGUGUAUUAUAAUUAAUUAAUA